UUUUGCCUGAAGACGAGACAGCAUUAGCGCAAUGGCUCCAUAAGUUUGGUCCCAUUUCUAUCGGCAUUAACGCCAACGCAAUGCAGUUCUACUUCGGAGGCAUAUCUCAUCCCAUGAAAUGGUUGUGCAAUCCUAAGAAUCUGGAUCACGGGGUCCUCAUCACGGGCUUCGGUGUCGGCAAGACUAAGAUUCUUCACAAGACUCAGCCCUUUUGGACCAUCAAAAAUAGUUGGGGUCCGGGUUGGGGUGAAAAGGGUUAUUAUCGCGUAUAUAGAGGUGAUGGCACCUGUGGUCUCAAUCUGAUGGCCUCUUCGGCGUGGAUUGACACUCACGCGAGACAUUAAUUCAACGAUAUUUUGAUAUACAUUUAGUAAUAUAACAAAUUGAUUAUAGAAUU